GCAUUUGAUUAUUCCGGGUGAUAUCUGGUCAGAAAUGAAUUGAAGCAGCAGCAGAGAGAAAUUGGGGGCCAUCUGCUCCUGGAGUCGCAGGGCAGGCGGGGAUCGAAGAUUGUUCGGCUUCUUCCCCGAACUAACUUAAGGGGUUGCAGCAAGCGGCGAGGGAAAGCGAAAGAUACAUUCGCAAUCCGAGAAGAAGCGAGUGCCAAAGGGUGGGAGAGAGAAACACAGGCGGCCUCCAGAAUCACCGAUCUGGGAGGGUUUGAAAUGAACGAAGUGCUGACGAUGCGAGAGAUCUCUUCCUCUUCGUCUGCGACGGCUGGUCCAUCCCCUCCGUUACCUUCAACUUCGAACCUCCCAUUGCUCUCCGCUUUUCUCGCAUUCUCUGUUGCCCAAUUCCUAAAGAUCUUCACCACCUGGUUUAAGGAGAAAAGGUGGGACUCUAGAAGGCUGCUUGGCUCAGGCGGAAUGCCUUCAUCUCAUUCUGCAACGGUGGUUGCACUUGCAACGGCAAUAGGAUUGCAGGAAGGCACAGCUGGAUCUACAUUUGCUCUUGCCAUUGUUAUGGCAUCCGUCGUAAUGUAUGAUGCUUCUGGGAUUAGACUGCAUGCAGGUCGGCAAGCUGAGUUGUUGAACCAGAUAGUUUGUGAGUUGCCGUCAGAGCAUCCUUUAUCUAGUAUCAGGCCAUUACGCGAGCUGCUUGGACAUACUCCACUUCAGGUAAUAGCAGGUGCCCUUUUAGGCUUUAUUGUUUCUUAUCUUCUGAGGAAAUCAUAAGAGGCAAUGUUCUUCAUCGUCCAAGGAGUUAUGGAAAUGGUUUGUGAUCAUCUUUGUUAUGAAUUUUCUUGCAUAAAAAAGCUUAUUAUGGCUCCUUUCUCCGAUUACAUUAGAAAAAUUAUGCAUUUCGGAACUAUUCUUAUUGUAAUUGUUAAGUGUGCAAAUCAAAAUUACAGGUGAGAACCAUAUGCACAAUGUGGUAAACUUAUUUGAUGUCGGCUUAUUUUUACUAUUUUUUGGGGCAUUUACAUGAUUGCCACACAA